ACAGAUGCUAAAUAGACAGUCCAAAAAACGAAAAUAAAGACUUUUUCAAUACUCGGGCCAGGCGGAGGCUGGCUCUGCGUGUAACCCAGCCCGUCUCGACAUUGCCCGGGUUUAGAACGAAAAGCGUGACGAAACUUGCAGCCGGCCCAAUAGCAGCACUAUCGUGGUAGCCUGCAUGCAUCGAAGAAGGCUGCUGUUGCGUAUUCAGUUUCCGAGAGAACAAAAUCCCACCCCGACACCAGCACGAACGUAGGAGUACAUACGAGGCGAUAUAUACCACCAUAAACACACCGGCAGACGCAUAGACGCACGAUCGCUCCCGUCGCUUCCCCAAACAUAUCUCCUCCCGAUCCAAUCUCAACCGGCCAACUGCAAACACAGGUAGCCCGCGCCCGCGGGGAAUCGUCGAUCCAGUUCGCUAUUCCAUGAUGGCGUCGAUUGCCAUGGACAUAGCCGACGAAUUCCAACUGCUGCUACGACAAGCACAAGCAGUACAAGAAAUUAUAUUCCUGGCCGAAGUAGAAGACCUGCUGCGACAACUACAACAAGAAGAUGACUUUCUACCUGACCCCGAUGCCAUGUUUCGCGAGCUUGUCCGCCUCGGCCAUAUUACCGAGGCCAACACGGACAACAUCACCCCACACGCCAGCGUCGCGGGUGCACUGGCCACGGCGGUGGCCGAAGCACUCAAGACGGUGGACGCGCCAUCCGAUGGGCGCGACUGCCCGAUCUGCAUAGAGGACGACGACUCGGCGGCGUGGAAGGAGACGCCGUGUGAGCACCGGUUCCACGGGCGGUGCCUCGAGAGGUGGCUGCAGGCCAAGGGGAGCUGCCCCAUGUGCCGGCGCCAGCUGGUGACCAUGCCCUCCGCCGCCGCCCCUAGUACCGCUGUAUUCUCAGAUUUAGAGCUGGAUGCCAUGAUGGACCUCGUGAAUUACUAGUUGCCUCUCUAGGGAAAUUAAUGAUGCUCCUUGCUUAGGGCUGCUCGAUCGGCAAAC